AAUUAAAAAACCUAAUCAUAUCGUGUCAUAUAUCCAGCUUUUCCUUACAUCAAUCAUCCAUCCAUCUUCCCUUGUUUUCUCUUUCCCUCUUCCCCUCUCCCCUCUCUAUCAUCCCAAUAUUCCUUUUCUCAGACCGUCCAAAUUUUCCCCAGAAAAUCAAAACUUUCCCAGAAAACCCAAAACCCCUUAUCCUCAACCCAGAUCCAAAGAUCCCCUCCAAUCCUAACAUCACUUUCUUUCUUACCAAAAUUCAUAUUUGUUCCUUUUUUGGCCGUGAAAAUCUCAAGCGGUAGAUUCCUUUUCAACUUCAAAGUCCCAUCCAUUCUUUUCCCACGCUGAAUUUUUUUUUCCGUUUUAUAUGAAAAUAAUUACGCAGCGAAGAAACCCUUUCACCACAUUCUUGCCCUCAUCUCAUUUCCCGAGAAAAAUGCCUUUUUGAUGACCCCAAAAUUUUGUUCUGGCUCCACUCUUUAGUGGGUUUCCUUUAGAUUUUCAAAUCUUGUAUCAGUUUUGUCUAUACUAUACUAUAGGUUUAAGCAUUCUUUUUGCAAGCUUGAUAUGCUAGAAUAAGAAUUUCUGGACAUUCCAUCCAUGCUGAAAUUUGGUGGAUCUGAGAUUGCAUAGAAACAAUUAACUCAGCAGUGGAUUAGGAAUUUGACUCGGAUUGUUGAUGAGCUAUUUGAGCAGUGGGAAACGAUUGGGAUCAUAGUUUAGAGUGGAUUGGGUUCUAAUUUAAGGAGGUGAAGUGGGGUUUUGGGCUUAUUGUGUAUUUGAUUGGGAAUUCAGAUCAUGGAGCAUGUUAUUGGUGGAAAGUUCAAGCUAGGACGUAAGAUCGGUAGCGGAUCCUUUGGAGAACUUUAUUUGGGCAUUAAUGUACAAACCGGAGAGGAGGUGGCUGUCAAGCUGGAAUCUGUGAAGACGAAACACCCUCAGCUUCAUUAUGAGUCAAAGUUGUACAUGCUUCUUCAAGGAGGAACGGGUGUACCCCAUCUUAAAUGGUUCGGAGUUGAAGGUGAAUACAAUGUCAUGGUUAUUGACCUUCUCGGGCCAAGCCUAGAAGACCUGUUCAACUAUUGCAAUCGGAAGUUCUCUUUGAAGACAGUUUUGAUGCUUGCAGAUCAAUUAAUAAACAGAGUUGAGUACAUGCAUUCACGGGGAUUUCUUCACCGUGAUAUAAAGCCUGACAACUUUUUGAUGGGUCUGGGACGCAAAGCUAAUCAGGUAUAUAUCAUUGAUUAUGGCCUUGCAAAAAAGUAUAGAGAUCUUCAAACGCACAAGCACAUACCAUACAGGGAAAACAAGAAUCUGACAGGAACAGCUCGCUAUGCAAGUGUUAACACUCACCUUGGUGUUGAGCAAAGCAGAAGAGAUGAUCUUGAAUCUCUUGGUUAUGUGCUAAUGUAUUUUCUGAGGGGGAGCCUUCCCUGGCAGGGCUUGAAAGCAGGUACUAAAAAGCAGAAAUAUGACAAGAUCAGUGAAAAGAAGAUGCUUACUCCAAUUGAGGUUCUCUGCAAAUCUUACCCAUCAGAAUUCACGUCAUACUUCCAUUACUGCCGAUCAUUACGCUUUGAAGAUAAACCAGAUUAUUCAUACCUGAAGAGGCUUUUCCGGGACCUUUUUAUUCGAGAAGGAUAUCAAUUUGACUAUGUAUUUGAUUGGACUAUAUUGAAGUAUCCGCAAAUUGGCUCCAGUUCUAGAUCACGACCAAGUGCAAAACCGGCUUUAAACCCUGGACCAUCUGCAGAAAGAACAGAAAGGCCUUCAGUGGCACAAGAUUUUCGAGAUAGAUUCUCAGGUGCAGUUGAGGCAUUUUCUAGAAGGAAUAGUUCUGGUCAUGGUUAUGGUGAUCACUCGAGACAUAGACUGACUGAUGAUGUGCCGUCGUCCAAAGAUGUGCAACCUGAUUCAGAAAGGGCUCGUAGUUCAUCUAGAAAUGGCAGUACCUCAAAGAGGCCUGUCAUAUCAAGCAGCCGGCCAAGCUCCUCUGGUGAGCCUAGCGAAAGUCGGUCAAGCCGGCUAGUCUCAAGUAGUGGUCGCUUGUCCACCGCCCAAAGGAUUCAACCUGGGUAUGAUUCCAAAACAUCUUUCACCCGAACUGCAGCCGCAAGAGGCGGCCGUGAUGAUACGCUUCGGAGCUUUGAACUCCUUUCAAUCGGCACAGGAAAGAGGAAAUGAAACCUGAUCCAUCUGAUAAAAUGCUUGUGUCAAGAUUCCUUUUGUAGUAUCUAUCAAAGAUGUCAGCACGAUAGUGGUUUUACAAGAGUUACUCUGUAUAUGUGUAUCCAUUGUUGGGUUCAUUCACAGUUGAAAAGCUCAAUGAAGUUUCACCUUAGAACUAUCCCUCUUUCACCAUCUUCAUGGAUUCUUGCCAUUCUGAUGCAUCGGAGACUCACCCAAGAAAGAGAUUUAACCGUCUCACUUCAGGGAGUUGUCUAUAUAUUUGAGAUACUGGUAGCUGUAAUAAAUACGUCUUUCAUGAUUUUUCUUCACUAGAAGAUAAUAACUUUGCUUAAAA